GGAGAAUUUACAUCUGACUUGUUUCUGUCCUCAUAGCCAAUGAGAUAUGACUUCAGGGAAUGUGCUCCUGUUUUGGUGUCAAUGAUGUCUGGCAUCAAAAGAAACAAGUGCACACUUUCAACACGCAGGCUGAUUCCCUGGUUUCUACUGACCAACAUCAUCCUGCUGCUGUACUGCUUCACGAACCCAAUACAAGUAAACAACAGGGGCUCCCAACAAGACACAUGUCCCAACAAUAUGAGGAAAUCACCGAAGAAAAAUGUAAGCAUGCUCUCUAAAAGCACAAAGUCAGAUAAGUGCUCCCCUACAGUAGACAUCAUGUUCAUGAAAACCCAUAAAACAGCAAGCAGCACCAUACUCAACAUCCUCUUCAGAUUUGGGGAAAAGCACAAGCUUAAAUUCGCCUUCCCUGACGGGCGCAACGACUUCUUCUACCCGUCGCCUUUCCUGUGCUCCCAGGUGAAGGACUACAGGCCUGGAGACUGCUUCAACAUAGUUUGUAACCACAUGCGCUUCGACCAUGAAGAAGUAGCCAAGCUCCUGCCUCCAGAUGCAGCCUACAUCACCAUCUUACGUGACCCAGUGGAUCUCUUUGAGUCGUCUUUCCAUUAUUAUCACAGAGCAGUUCCUCUCACGUGGAGGAUCAAUGGAGAGAACAAACUGGAAGAGUUUCUAAAUGAUCCUCUGAGCUUCUACAGCCAGGAGGCUUUCAACUCAUUCUACCUUAAAAAUCUGCUGUUUUUUGACUUUGGUUUUGACAACAACCUGGAGGCCGAUGAUCCCCGUGUAUUGAGGGGUAUUCAUAACUUAUCGAAACAUUUUGAUCUGGUUCUGAUAGCAGAGUAUUUCGAGGAGUCUCUUAUCCUGCUUAAAGACACACUGUGUUGGACCAUGGAGGACAUCCUGUAUUUUAAACUCAAUGCUCGCAGGAGUUCAUCAGUGUCUCGUCUGACCCCUGAGCUGAGAGACAAAGCUUUACAGUGGAACGGGGCUGACUGGAGACUCUAUCAGCACUUUAAUGCUACCUUCUGGGCCAGAGUAGAGGCGUAUGGGAGGGAAAGAAUGAAACAAGAGGUAAAUGAGCUGAGGAGAAGAAAUGCUGAGAUGAAGGCCAUCUGUGUCCAGGAUGGAGGUGCAGUUGAAGCCCAAAUGAUUCAGGACAGACGAUUCCUGCCCUGGCAGCCUGUUGGAGAGUCUUCCAUUCUUGGGUACAACAUGAAGAAAAAUGUUGAUCUGAAAUUCAGGACGAUCUGUGAAAAAAUGCUCACACCUGAAAUACAAUACUUGUCAGAACUGGGUGUGAGCCUGUGGCUUACUAGACUAUGGGGUUGGUUUAAAGAUGCUGUUUUCAGCAUUUGA